AUGGCUGCCAGUAUCGUUGAAGUGCUGAACAAAAUUCUGAGGCAAAUAGGCAUACCACAGAAAAAGACCAAAUCUCGAAAUCUUAAACAAACAUGUAAUACCAACCACGUCCAGUUCGACUCUGGAUAUCUCAAUGGCUUCUCGCUUGGAGGAACACUUUAUGCAGUGAAAUCUUCAAAAGGUUUGAAGAAAAAGUUCAAUGAGAGACAAAAAGAGAAUAAUCAAAACAAGGACACUCUGACCGAAAAUAGUGCAAUAGUAGACGGAGCACGAGCUUCAGCACCCUGCAAAAGCCACCAUUCACCCUCCCCUCAUGAUACAUAG